AUGGCCUCUUCUUCAAGACCAAAGAGGCAAAAAGUGUCAAUGCAACAAAAGGAGCAAAGGACUAAGGCAAAGCAUGAUCUCUUCUCACAUGGAAAAAUUGCAAGGAAGUUCAAGGAAGAUUACUCUCAAAGGGAUGUCAUCAAUGGUAAGCAAUGUGAUCUCCAAGCCCUUGAGUAUGUCAACUUUAAUUUUCUUAUUGAGCGUAUGGGAUGGGAAAAAUUGUUAGAAAUUCAAACAAAUAUAUAUCCUAGGUUAGUUAGAGCCUUCUAUGCUUGCAUUGAGUUUCAAUGUGAUCCAUAUAGCGUUAGGGGAGAUCUCAAAGGAGUACAUUUUGAGUUAACUAUUGACUCGCUUAAUGAUUUUCUUAAUGCACCUAAAGAUGGCCUCUUGCUUGACCAUAGACCUCGCCUUAAAAAUAAUGCCUUUUUCAAUUUUAACCUCUUUAAUAAUCAUGUGUGUGUAGGUAACUCCUUUAGGUUAAAACAAAAAAGAACCUACCUCGCCCUUCAAGGGAAAAUAGUUCAUGCCUUUAUAUGCUCAAAUCUUAUUCCUAGGAAAGGCCAUCAAGAUGAGGUAAGUGCCAUUGAUCAAGUUCUCCUAUACAAUCUUAUAAUGGGCGAAAACCAAAUUAACCUAGGCUAUCUCAUCCUUAAAACCAUGCAUGAAGUGUUUAAACCUUCCCUAAAAAGGGCAUUACCCUAUGGUUAUCUCCUUAGCUAUUUAUUCCCACUUCUAGGAAUCCCAAUAGAAGAUGAAAUUGAUGUUUAUGAACCCAAGGAUUCCGACACUCUUGGUGAGAUCACAUUCAAAUUCAUGCGCUACAAAUUCGAUGAAGAGGAAAAGAAGUGGAUUCCCACCACUUCAAUGUCCCAUGUCCAUGAGGAUGAACACUUGGUCCCAAGUGAAGAUGAAGGGGAAGAGCAAGAUGUCCAAGCUCAAAAUGAAGAGGAAGGCGAAGAGGAAGUGCCUCCAAUACCCCAAGCUCCUCACUUUAACCUUGAAGAAGCUUUUGCCAACCUUACCACUUCCAUGACUUCCAAUUUCACCACCUUGAGAGGUGAAAUGAACAACCAAUUUUCAACUCUUCAACAUGAGAUGACAACCAUACGGAGUGAUAUUACCACAUUGAGAGUAGACAUGGAGCAAGGCGUUUCGAGCAAAGCCAGUGAUGAAGACAGAAAGGCUAGUGAAUUUUUCUCUGUUUGUAAAACUUCUAGUAAUAUUAUUGUACAGGUAUAUAUUGUGUACAUGGGGGCACUUCAAGAUAAGUUAUCCUCACAAACAUCUCUUCAUUAUAGUAUACUGCAAAGUGUUCUUGAGGGAAGUUCUGUUUCUGAUUCCUUAGUGCGAAGUUACAACAGAAGUUUCAGUGGAUUCGCAGCAAAACUUACUGAGAAAGAAAGGCUUAAGCUUGCUGGUAUGGAUGGCAUUGUGUCUAUCUUCCCCAAUAAGUUAUACAAAACUCAAACAACAAGAUCAUGGGAUUUUAUGGGACUUAGUGAGACAAUAAAGAGAAAUCCCACUGUGGAGAGUGACACUAUAAUUGGUGUUAUUGACACUGGAAUUUGGCCUGAAUCCGAGAGCUUUAGUGAUGAAGGUUUUGGCCCUCCUCCUAAGAAAUGGAAGGGUGCUUGCAAUGGAGGAAAAAAUUUCACCUGCAAUAAAAAAGUUAUUGGAGCUCGGUUCUACGAAACAACAAUAAUUGAAUCAUCAAGGGACGAAGAAGGUCAUGGAAGCCACACAGCCUCAACAGCUGCUGGCAACAUUGUGAAGGAAGCUAGCUUUUAUGACAUUGCAAAAGGCACUGCAAGAGGAGGAGUUCCUUCAGCCAGAAUUGCUUCUUAUAAAGUCUGUGAUGCUAGCGGGUGCUUUGGAGCCUCUAUCUUGUCUGCUUUCGAUGAUGCUAUUGCUGAUGGUGUCGACAUUAUUACAAUCUCCAUUGGACAAGAUGCUCCUUCAUACUUCUACAAUGAUGUAACAGCCAUUGGAGCUUUCCAUGCCAUGGAGAAAGGGAUAUUAACUGUGCAUUCUGCUGGAAAUGGUGGCCCUGCUCUUGGAACCGUGGCAAGUGUAGCACCAUGGCUGAUGACAGUGGCUGCUAGUACCACAGAUAGAAGAAUCAUAGACAAGAUUGUGCUUGACAAAGGCAAUGGAACCACCAUAAUUGGGAAAGCUGUAAAUUCUUUUACAUUGAAUGGAACAACAUUUCCUCUAGUGGAUGCAUCCAAUGUUUCAGAUUUUAAGAAAUGCCCAGAUUUGGAUCCGGGGACUUGUGACAUAAACUGCAUGCACAGUGGUUUAGUGAAGGGAAAGAUUAUGCUGUGUGAAAUAUCGGAUGCCUUUGCAGCCGGUGCACUCGGUUCAAUUUCCAUCGGUGAAUUGGAUGAUACUUCUUUUGUUGUCCCAUUCCCUGCAUCAAAUGUGAAUGAGAAAGACUAUAACACUAUACUGUCCUAUCUAAAUUCAUCAAAAAAUCCUCAAGCAACAAUACUAAAAAGUGAAGCUUUGAAAGAUUCUACAGCUCCUUUGGUUGCCUCAUUUUCUUCACGUGGGCCAAACUUGGUUGUACCUGAUAUUAUGAAGCCGGAUAUAAGUGCUCCUGGUGUAGAUAUAUUGGCAGCAUAUUCAUAUGAAGCCUCACCCUCAGAGAAUGCUGAUGACAAGAGGCGCGUAAAGUACAAUAUCGUUUCUGGAACUUCCAUGUCUUGUCCCCAUGUUGCUGGAGCAGCUGCCUAUGUUAAAACAUUUCACCCUGACUGGUCUCCUUCUGCCAUUAAAUCUUCUCUUAUGACUACAGCUUGGUUGAUGAACAAUACUAAAAAUUCAAAUAAAGAAUAUGACUAUGGUUCCGGGCAUAUCAACCCCACACAAGCUAUACACCCUGGGCUUGUGUAUGAAACUUUAGAAGGAGACUACAUAAAGUUUCUGUGCAGCCUUAUUGGCUAUGAUGAGAAAAAAGUUAGGCUUAUAUCAGGAGAUAAUAGCACUACUUGCCCCAAAAUACGAGAGAGGGAAUCAGGAAAGGAUCUCAAUUACCCUUCAAUGACUGCUACAGUUGCAAUAAACAAACCAAUUCAAGUCUCUUUUCAUAGAAGAAUUAAGAAUGUUGGCAUUGCAAACUCAACUUAUAAGGCCCAGAUUUUCUCAAGAUCUCUAACUAAUAUCAAAGUAGUGCCUGAAGUGCUUUCUUUCAAGUCACUGAAUGAAGAGCUUUCUUUUGAUGUGAUUGUUAACGGUGGUAGUUUGACAAAGAAAAUUCCUAUGGUUUCUGCAUCACUGGUUUGGUCUGAUGGUACUCAUUCUGUCAGAAGUCCAAUUGUCUUGCAUAAUUCCAAUUCAAUUGAAAGUUUUGAGGCCAAAUUGGACUAAAGUCAAAAUUGUCUUUUUAGCUGGCUUGUUUUCAUUUUCCUCAUCAGCUUGUCACCAAUUCAACUGUUCUUCUGCUAUUUGUGUACAACAUUGUUAUACAUAACAAUGGAGUUAGUUAAGGAGUAGUUUUGUUCAUGGUGGCUCUGAAAAUGUAUCAGCUUGGUAAAAAUAAUACGGAAAGGCCAAAAUGGAAAUAAGUAAGGCUAAUCCGUCACAUCUUGUUUUUGUUUUUCUUUCCCUUUCUGUUAAUGAUGGAAUGGAGUCUAUAAUACCCAACUAUUUUGUUUGUAAUCUUAGGUUUUCUUUUUGUUAUAUGCAACUUCAAUCCAGAUUACAUCUAAGGCAUUAUCUAUAGACAAGUAAUUCCACCACAAAUCUUGAAACUGAUGCAUAACUUUAGAGAAAUGUAAGCAAAAUUUGA